GGUUAAUUUGUUAAUUAAAUUUAGUAAACUUUAAUUUUUAAAUAUUGAAAAAAUGCGUUGGAAAUUUGAUAGAGAUAAUUACGAGAUUUACAAAUGUUUCAUGUGUCUACACGUCCGUACUGGCACUCUGAUCCUAGGACUCUUACAUUCGGUUCUGUAUAUUGGGGUCAUUGCUUUCCUCACUUGCUCCUUCUUUCAUCCGGAAUGGAUCCAGAAAUUAUCGUUCAACAACAACAUCACGUCUGGAGAAACUAAUCCACUUUUAAACAACAACAACAACUACAUCAACAACAACAACAAUAAGAUGAUCAAUAUGUACUGCAUUGGUGUGGUGUGGGGCUGUUAUAAGUACCUGAAGUACAGGGAGCUAUUUUCCGGUUCGUCGGAUCGCAUCAGGAAUUACAAUGCCAACCCCAAUGCCAACUCUCUUGAUGAUACAGAGAUGCUCCUGCCGCCAAAGUACGAAGAUGUGAUCAGGAUGUCACUUGAACAGACUCCUCCCCCUGCUUAUCACGACGAAAACUGA